AUGCUACUGAAGAAAAACCAACGUUUUACCUGGACCACGCAAUGUGAAUCCGCAUUUUUAAAAUUGAAACGAGAACUUUGUAGUGAUAACGUUUUAAUACCAUUUGAUCCACAAUUACCUCUAACGUUAACAACAGAUGCAAGCCCUGUAGGAAUAGCUGCUAUCCUCAGUCAUCAAAUCAACGAAUGCGAGCGACCCAUUGCAUAUGCAUCACGCAGCCUUACAUCAUCAGAAAUGAACUACAGCCAGUUAGACCGGGAAGCUCUAGCAAUAAUGUUUGGAGUCAAUUAUUUUUUUGAUUACCUAUAUGGGAAACAGUUUACAUUAGUAACAGAUAACCAGCCACUGUCAAAAAUCUUACAUCAAAACAAAUCGCUACCGAAAAUGACAUCUGCAAGACUACUCCGAUAUGCAUCAUUUUUAUCCGGGUUUAAUUACAAAAUGAAAUGUAAAACAGACACAGAAAUUGAAAUCGCUGAUUGUCUAUCGAGGGCACCAAUCCAAAGAACAAAAAUUACAACAGGAAAUUCAAUCAACGAAGAAGUGUCUCAAUUAUUUGCUCAAAAAGUCUUUCAAAUAUCGAGUGAAGUAAUUACUUACGAUACAAUUAAGCAAGAAUCUGCGAAAGAUCUGGAAAUUCAAAAAAUCAUACAGCAUCUCCAUUCUAAAGUUAGAGACGAACUUUACACUUUAGAAAAUGGCAUUCUCUUUUAUCAAGUUAGAAUACUAAUUCCCAACGCACUCAGACAACAGAUUCUAAAAGAAAUUCAUUCAACCCAUAUUGGAAUAGUUAAGAUGAAACAACUUGCCAGGACAUAUGUUUAUUGGCCAAAAAUUGACUCAAAAAUUGAAAAAUUAGUAAAGUCGUGUGAAGAAUGUGCUAAGACCCAGCACAAUCCACCAAAAGCUCCAAUACAUCCACGGGAAGAACCAGAAGAGAACUGGGAACGCCUUCAUAUUGAUUAUGCAGGUCCAUUAGAUGGAUAUCAUUUUCUUAUAGCAGUGGAUGCAAAAUCAAAGUGGACGGAAAUACGCACAUCAAAAGAAGCACCUUCAACUGCUGUAACUAUAAAAUUAUUAGAAGAUAUUUUCUCGACACAUGCGGGUAUCCUUCGAUCCUUGUGUCUGAUUACGGCAUUUACUAGCAAAAUAUUCAUUGACUACUGUAAACAUGGAGGUAUUUCCCAAAUGUUUAUCCAGUGGCGUACGUAG